AUGAUUGUGGAUCUCCAUUCAGUAGUCUUGCUCAACCUUGCAGAUACACUAACACGUCAACUGGGAAACUCAACAGGAUUGUUAUUGGGAUAUGUUUUGCCAGACAAAUUAGUCGUCGUGACAUCUGUUGAACUUGCUCAUGAAGACCCAGAAUAUAUCCAGGAAAGGUUUAAUCUAUUCAAAGACGUCUACCCCCAAUCCACCAUCCUUGGAAGGUACAAUCUACAAGACAAACAACCAACCAACGAUUUAUUCCUAACCAUCGACGAAUCAUUCCAACCACAGUGUUAUCUCAACGGCAAAUUGGUUAAAACCGUCAUUGAUUCAAGUGAAACUGAAGCCAUCGCCACAUCAACAAUCACUAAUCGCAAGGAGGAUAAAAAGGUCGACGAAAACUUGAAUGAAGCAGUACAAAAAAUCACAGACAGAAUGUCUUCCCUCAACCCAAGUCAAUUGGUGAUGAUUGCUAAUUUGUUAACAUACCACGGUACAUCUACAGAACAACGUGAUUUAUCAAAGGCGACCGCCGAUUUGGCAAUCUUGACUAGUCAAUUACUAGGUUAA